AUGGGGCUAGUACACCUGCGAAGGCAUGCCUUGCAAACUCUGAGGCUGCUUGAUUUUACUCAUCUUGUUUGUGGGUCGCAGUUCUACCAGGAAGAUAUCGUAAAGAGGAAAGAUAACUUGGACCCAGCCUAUGGUGUCGUACUGAGGUCUUGGCACGAUGCUGAAGACGUUCCACUUCCACCGGACCACCUUGACCCACUCAUGCGCCCGUUAAAGCGAGGGGAAGUGGGAGUGUCAUUUUUCUCUGGGGGUGCUCGCGAUAUCCUUCCGGAGUCCAUGUUCACACUCGUGGAUCGUAUGUUCCAGCCAGGAGAUCUAUGUAAGAAGAGCAUCAACGAUGUCCAGUCCGGGGUGGUCACCAGCGUAGACGUACGUGCGCGCCUAGACCAUGCAAUUAGUGGAGAGCAUGUCCCGGGAUGGAAGACCAUGGAUGACAUAGAGAGUCCAGCAGAUGUAGAUAUCGGAGAUUAUGUGACAUAUGACCAUUGGAUUGGCCAGCUGUUUGACGAAGCUGUUAUCGACGUUUCUGAUGGAAAACUUGCCCGUCUACCUGAAAUUUCCUCCAGGCUGUCUGUUGGGGAUAUGGGUAGCGACAUCAUUCCGCACCCCAGUACCGUCUCAAACCUCUUCGGUGGUCUCUUUGGCCGGCACAAUUCCGUAUCUGAUACCGUCGUCCAUGUUAAGCACACGGUCCUUGCGGUUUCGUGGCUUGCCAUCGACCAAUCUCUCCCACCGGAAACCGCUGCGGGAGCAAGCCGACCGCAACGUUUCUGGCACGGAGAGGAUAUGGGGAAGCUCAAGCUCGUGCGGAGUAGAGCGGAACAGAUGAUGCGCGUCGCCGAUAAGGUCACUCUAAGAGACGGGCCCGGUAUACCGUACACAGUCCACGGGAAGGCCGGAGAACCAUGGGGUCUCAUCCAAGUCCGAGUAUACGUGGUCAGAGUCACCCAGAGUACUGUCCAUGUUCUGUGGCAGGAUGGAUCAACAGAAACACUCCUCGCCACUGAGCUCAUCCCUUACCUCAAUCCUGACGAAUAUGACUGUUGGCCUGGUGAUCACGUACUUUGGAAAGGUGAAGAUGAGAAGCGCGCGGCCGUUGUUCAAUCUGUCAAUGCACGCGACCGCACGGCAGAUGUCGUCUUCUCCGAUACAGAUAGCCGCGAGCUCGUCUCCGUCUUGGAAUUAGAUCCUCACGGGACGGGCGAUUGGUCUGCCACUUCGCCGACUACGUUCGAUGGACUCGGUCUGCGCCGAGGUGACUUUGUAUUCAUCGGCGAGUCAAACGGCAUGGAACCUCCUAGGGUACCGCGAAUAGGUGAAGUCGAAAUGUGGGUCAGGGAGGCGCCUGUUAUGGAUGAGCGAGGGCAGCUUGGGGGCUGGCGGAAAGAGAUGUCAGAUAUGGGGCACGACAUCGCCCGGAAGAGAGAGACGGAGAAGACUGUUGAAGGAAAGAUCUUACGGCCGUCGAGCGGUGACACGUCGUUGAAUUGGUUUGGAGAAGUUUCCGAUCGACGAUUCUCUCAUCAGUUACGGUUAGAUGGUUCGGUCGAGGUGACCUUCCCCAACGGCUUGACGGCGAUUUUCCCUCUUCAACGUUUAACGCGAUUAUACGACACGAUGGAACAACUAGAGGAUAUCUGGGGAGACGAAAUGCAGGGCGAAACGGAGGAAGGGAGACACCCGCACGAAGAGGACUUCUGGGCGAUGGACGAGGACGGUAAUUGGCAACAGGGGACAGGAGAAGACGACGAGGAUUGGGAAGAGGAGGAUGAAGAAGGAAACGAGGAUAUGACAGUAGAUGAGGAGGGGUGGGACUUUGAUCCAGAAGCACAACCACCUGCAACUGACGCCACUCCGAACAGCAACAUCAAUGGUGUGCCCGAUGUACCGCAACCAAGCCACAUUCCUGACGCAGAAGCCGAAGACUCGCCUUGGAAGCGUUUCGAGGUCAUAUCCGAGGCUCCGCCCGAUCAUGCAUUUUAUAGCUCUGUGCCGUCCCAACCAUCAAGACAAUUUCUCGCUCGAUUACAGAAGGAGUAUCGUGCGCUGACGAAUAGCUUGCCAGAUUCCAUCAUUGUACGCGCCUAUGAGGACCGGUCAGAUCUCCUUCGUUCGUUGAUAAUCGGUCCAGAGAACACGCCUUACGAGGAUGCACCUUUCGUAAUCGACUGGAUGCUAGACUCCAAUUUCCCGCAGAGCCCCCCUAUUGCCCACUUCCUGAGCUGGACGAAUGGCAAUGGACGUGUUAAUCCAAACUUGUAUGAAGAGGGAAAAGUAUGCCUGUCCAUUCUUGGGACUUGGGCCGGCGAUAGGAACGAGUCCUGGAGUCCUGCACGAUCAUCUCUUCUCCAAGCCCUCGUUUCGAUACAAGGCCUUGUUCUGGUCAAAGAACCAUGGUUCUGUGAGCCGGCAUACGAUAAACUGCGUGGUACCGAGGAGGGAAUCGUCAACAGCCGUCUAUACAGCGAGAAGGCAUACGUUCUCUCCCGUGGGUUUGUUCGCCGCUCUCUGGAAAUUCCGUUAGGAUCUCUCGAAGCCGAAAUUACGUGGCUGUACCGCAAACAGGGGCGUCUAGAAAAGGUUAUCAAGGACGCUCGUGCCCUUAUCGAGAAGAGUCAGUCAUCGGACGAUACAGCUGUAGACCGUGAGCGAGCGGUACCACGAUUGACGGCGGGGGGCAUAAUCACAUUGGGAAGGACUUUGGGGAAGUUGGAGGGUUUGCAGAGUAUGCCACCUUCGUGA